AUGCUGACGUUUAAGCUCCGGUCAAAUCACACCAUCGACACUACACCGACUCUCCCCGGCUUCGUUUCUGCCUCUGUCACUCUCUUAAUCCUAAAUCUGGUCUGGUCGGGCUCGGAUAAGUCUCAUCAUUCUCCACUGCCUUCCGGGAUCCACCCAGAAGUCUCGGCAACGCUCUGGCUCCAGAAGCAUGGCCUUGUGCUCCUCUUUUGCCUCGUGUCUCGGACAUCUCGUUCUCUCCUUUUUGACAGCUCACUCCAUUCGGCCUUGAGGCUUCUGCUGAGUCGACAUUUUUCUGUCUUGCCGUCUGGCCUUUUUGUGGGGGGGGCAGCACUCCUCCUCCUCCUCCUGGUACAAUUAGUUAGCCCCAUUUUCCAGGAUUUGCGUAUAAACCGAGUCGCUUUGGGACUACACUUGCUCGCGAAGAUGAACUUAAUCAGGCUGGCGUAA